UUGCAUCACUGGGGGACAAUCAAAUCGUUGAUCUUACUUUGAUUAAAAUUUAGUUACGGGCUUACAACCAAUUACCCCUCUCCCAUCUCCCCCAUCUUUCAAUUGUUUUGGUGUAUGCCAUAAGAGAGAAAGAUGUGGAGUUCAGAACUCACGGCAGUGAUAUUGUUGACGAUAGAGUGCUUGGAUGUGGGUUUAAUCACGUUGAGCAAAGCAGCCAUGAGGAGAGGAAUGAGCGACUACGUUUUUGUUGUCUACUCAAAUGCCCUUGCCGUUCCAGUGCUCUUUCUCUGUAGCCUCCUCUUUCACAGGAGAAGGUCCCCUCCUCCACUCACACCUUCCAUCCUGUGUAGAAUCUUUCUUCUCGGCCUGGUCAGCUGUUCAUUACAGAUGCUCAAGUUUAUAGGGAUAGGGUAUAGCUCUCCAACUCUUGCCUCCGCCAUGACUAAUCUCAUCCCUGCUUUUACCUACGUACUUGCCAUCGUCACCAGGAUGGAAAAGCUAGACUUGAAAGUCAAAAGCAGUCGUGCCAAAUGUCUUGGAACCCUAGUAUCAGUAGCAGGGGCACUCCUUAUAACUAUAUACAAAGGCCCCGGAAUUGAAUUUGCUUCAACUACUCCUUCCAUGCUUAACCACAAUCUUCUGCUGCCCCGAUCAAACUGGAUCAUUGGAGGCUUUCUCACUGCAGCUGCUGCCUUCAUGGUCGCAGUGUUGCUUGUUUUCCAGACCUCUAUCAUUAGAGACUACCCUGCAGAGCUGAUCGUAACCCUCAUUUCUCACAUAUUUGCAACCAUGCAAUCUUCUCUAGUCUCUCUGAUCGCAGAAAGAGAUCCAAGUGCUUGGAGGCUAAGGCUUGAUAUGGAGUUGAUAGCUGUUGGAUACUCGGGAAUUUUUGUGGUUGCAUUGCGAGGUGCUGUUUAUGCAUGGGUUCUGCACCAAAAGGGACCUGUCUUUGUAGCCAUGUUUAAGCCAGCUGGGAUCGUUAUUGCAGUUAUCAUGGGGGUUACUUUUCUCGGGGAUAAGCUCCAUCUUGGCAGUGUGAUUGGAGCUGCUAUAAUAGCUCUUGGGUUUUAUACUGUGGUUUGGGGGAAAGCCAAAGAAGAGAAGAUGGCUGAAGACAUUGCAGCUUGUGGCGUUAACACAUCCUCCCACAGAGUUCCCCUUCUCCAAAACAAAAGCACUGAAGUGUAGAGUUUUUGUAGGAAACAAAAAUUGAAAACAUGCCAAAAUUGAAAUAAUAAAUGAGUGGUAGACUUGCUACCCAGCUGCCAUAAUCAAAUAUAUGAUAGAUUUCUGGCCAAA